AUGUCGCAGUUCUCCAAUGAGAAACGUCACUCGCCGCCCACUUCCACGUGCCAGUGCCGGCCUUGGCGCGGCUCAGAUGCAACGAAAGAGGAUGAGGUGGAGACGGUUUGGAGACCCAUCUUUGAGGGCAUCAAUUUGCUAGCCGUUCUCACGAAUGUUGGCUUGGCAGCGCUCUUCUUCUACCCUGAGCGUCUCUUUUCGGCCGGGGAUCAGCUGACAACCUUCCUGGUGGCGGAACAUAGCAUCCUUCUCCUUCAGGCGGCGGUGAGGCUUCUCAUUCCUUCUAUCCCUGCUGACGUUGCCAGGAUUGACCUCUACAAUCGCCACGUGCUCCACGUGUUGCAUUCCACACAGCUCGGCCUCACAAUGCGCAAAGCGCCAGUUGGGCCACAUCAACUUGGACCCUAA